GCGUGCGUGCGUGCGAGAACGAGAUAGAGCCGGGGAGAGGGAGUGCGUCCGCGUUUGGGGAGAGACGAGGCGCGAGAGGAGAGAGCGCACACCAGGUUGGCGCAGGCACCGGUCCGGGAGAACGGAGGGUCGCGCGCGUCGGCAGCAUGGCUUCGUCUCACGGGAGAAGCGACCUGCGGUUCGCAGACUGGAUGGCGAGUCUACCGCAGAGCAUGCACACGAUCCCGCUCACCAACCUCGCAAUUCCCGGCUCCCACGACUCCUUCAGCUUCUACAUCGACGAGGCGUCUCCGGUGGGUCCCGAGCAGCCGGAGACGGUGCAGAACUUCGUGUCGGUGUUCGGCACCGUGGCCAAGAAGCUAAUGAGGAAGUGGUUGGCCACGCAGACCAUGAACUUCACCAGCCAGCUGGAGGCCGGGAUCCGCUUCUUUGACCUGCGCAUCUCCACCAAGCCGCGCGACCCCGACAACGAGCUGUUCUUCGCCCACGGGCUCUUCAGCGCAACGGUCAGAGAAGGUCUCGAGCAGAUCAGUAGUUUCCUGUCGGCUCACGCCAGAGAGGUGGUGUUCCUGGACUUCAACCACUUCUACGGGGUCCAGAACCUGCACCAUGAGAAGCUGGUGGCCAUGUUGAAAGAGGUGUUUGGUGACAAACUCUGCCCAGUGGUCUUCGCUCAGGAGGUGACUCUGCAGUAUCUGUGGGAGAAGGAGUUUCAGGUGCUGGUCUUCUACCAUCACCCUAUGGCCCUGGAGGUGCCCUUCCUGUGGCCGGGCCAGAUGAUGCCGGCUCCGUGGGCCAACACCACCGACCCGGAGAAGCUGGUGCAGUUUCUCCAGGCUUCUGUCACCGACCGCAGGAGAAAAGGGACGUUCUUCGUGUCUCAGGUGGUCCUGACACCGAAGGCGAGCACCGUCAUGAAGGGUGUGGCGAGCGGCCUGAGGGAGACCAUCACGGAAAGGGCCCUGCCGGGCAUGAUGCAGUGGAUCCGGUCGCAGAGGCCCGGGGAGAGCGGCAUCAACAUCAUCACGGCCGACUUCGUGGAGCUGGGAGAGUUCAUCAGCGCCGUCAUCACCCUCAACUACCACCUGGACGACGAGGACGACGACGCCACCUGAGGGCCCGCGGGGGGCGCCGGGGAGCGCGGGCCGGCGCCGGCGGGCUCCGCUCUCACCCUUUUCUCUUUGGCAUUUGUUUCAGGAGGGGAGCGGCACCGCUCCUUUCGCUUUAUUUAGGGCUAUAGUGAAGUGAGAGAUCAAACGAAAAAAAAAAACGGGAUGGGGGAAGACGAGUUGGAGUUAGUAGAAGCAGGAGUUUUUUUGGUUGGAGUGCUAAGAGAGAGAUUUUGUUUGUUUCCUAUUUCGGGACAUCAAAAUGUGUUUGUUCCGAGUGACAUGUUCAUUUCCUGAGCUGUAAAAAUAAACACUGUUUCAAGGCUUUCCACCUCAUCAAGGGAGCUCCUCAGAUCAUGUCACCUAUCUGCUAAAUGUGUUGGUUCAUUCCUAAUAUUCUAGUGCCGGUGCCGGUGCGUCCAUGGGGUCCGUGUACAGUAAACCGCUCAAAUUCUGCUCUGUAGCUGACGGUGAAUGAGAAAAUCAGCCCAGUCACAUCACGGCAAAGGUUCCUGAAACCGUUCCCACGGCUUGGAUGCACAUUGUUCAGUUGUGGGAUUUCUUUCUUUCCGGAGCUGUGAUGUUUCAGGGAGGGCAGUGUCUUGGAGCCUCGAUCUGAUCUCUGCACCCUGGCUCUCGAUUCCUCACCCAACACGGAGGGGAGUCACGACCAGAGCGUGUGUGUGUGUGUGUGUGUGUACGAUGCCGCUCACAUCUGAUCAUCUAGAGAUGCAUUCAGCGCUACCAGUCAUUUCCAACCAUGAAGACAGAUUCAUUGCACUUCGUCGUGGGUGCUGAGUCGUGAUAGCCGAGUAUAAAAAUACAUGACAUCUGGGUAGUAGUGUGUUUCCACCGUCUGUGUUUCCUCGGUUGAGAGCUUGCCCCCUGUAUGUGCGUCUAUAGCUGCUGCUGCGGCGCAGCAUACAGCACUCAUGGUGAGAUGUGUCACAGUGUUGUCUUUCAUAAUAACAGGUGAUAACGCUUCUUUAUUUCAAAGGGGAAAAAACUGUCUAAAAAUCUUGAAAAAUUGAAAAUGAAAAAUUUCAUGAUUCAGUCAGAAGUUGAGCUGUGAUUUGACAUUGAGGACAAUAAUAAAGUAGAUGUUUAGUUGAGAUAGUUGAGAUUUAGCUGUGGCUCUUUAGUAGACGUUUCACUCUCCUGAUUCCUUUACAUCAAUGCUGGUGCAAUACAUUUAGUACAGUCUCAUUUUCUCAUGCAUUUCAUUAUCAGCUCUGCAACAUCUGGUUUAAGACGGUAAAAUAUAUUGAAAUGACGCUCAGAAGGACAACGGGAGUGUUUUUAUUCACAUGAUUAUUCACAUUAUGCAUGAAAAAAGUCACACAAUAGUCCGCGCACCCUCUGAUCGAUGUGGCGUUUUCUGCAGAGAAUGUAUUCUGUGAGAACAUCGGUGUCUAGUUCGUUCGCGUGCAGCCGCACACGGGAGCUCUUUAGAUUUGUGAAUGUAUGUGUCGUGUGGGUAACUGUGCCAUUCCUGAGGGCCUCACGCGACGGAGCGGGUUCAAUCUGGACGUUCAUGUUCGCAUCUUAUGCUUCGACGUGGAAACGAGUUCAAACUGUAUUCUUUCAGUGUGGUUUCAUGUUACAAUGUUUUAUAUUGUGCAAAGUUUGUACAUACUGUAAUUGCAAAUAGUAAGCUGCCGAAAAAUUGUAAAUGAUAUCAAUCAUUGUGACAAGUCUUAGACAACACUUUCUUAACUCACACCCUAAACGAGCAACGUUCACUCAGCUUCUGGUUUUUAUAUUUAUUUAAUACUUCACCUCUGUUGUGUACUAAUAGGGACCGCCAGGUGUGUGCUUAGAUAUUGUCCUUCAGAGCAUGGGAGCAUCUCACCUGGACGUCAUUUUGCCCUUUAAGACAAACCUCUACUUUGACUUCUUCUGUAAAUGUUGCACAGCUGCUUCCCCCAUACAGUAAAAAUGAGGCUUGCAGAUUGUUUUGUAAUGACAUUUUGUGUCUUCCCUGGUCCAAAAUGUUCAUGUUCUGAUGUGAAAAGAGUCCCGUUGCUGUUGUACAACCCACAAACCUUUGUUUGAAAGUGACUCUGUUCUAAGUGGAAAUGGCCAAUCAAAUAAAGCUACUCAGCCUA